CCAAUUGUUCAAACGCAUGUACGCCGUGCCAAGUGGCAGUCGACAGCUCCAACUCCACUCCUCAGGAACUCCAACAGAUACUCAACCGAGCACAGAAGUAAAUAAACAAAGAUGUCGCAGCUGAAGAACGAGAAAGUGGGCAUCGUGGGCAGCGGGCUCAUCGGCCGCUCCUGGGCCAUGCUGUUCGCCUCGGUGGGCUAUCAGGUGGCGCUGUUCGACAUCCUGCCCGAGCAGGUGUCCACCGCCCUGACCGCCACCCAGAAGGAGCUGGAGGACCUCGAGGCCAAGGGCUUGCUGCGUGGCAAGCUGAACGCCGCCCAGCAGUUCGCCUGCAUCUCGGGCACCAACGACCUCAAGGAGCUGGUCAAGGGCGCCGUCUUCGUCCAGGAGUGCAUCCCCGAGCGCCUCGACCUGAAGAAAGCCCUGUACAAGCAGUUGGAUGCGGUCGUCGGACCCAACACAAUCCUGUCCAGCUCCACCAGCACUUUUCUGCCCUCCCUCUUCAGCGCGGACCUGAAAAACAAGGCCAACGUUUUGGUCUCGCAUCCCGUCAACCCACCGUACUACGUGCCGUUGGUCGAGAUCGUGCCAGCUCCCUGGACCAAACCGGAAUGGGUGAAGAAGACCCGUGCCAUCAUGGAGGAGAUCGGACAGAAACCAGUUACGUUGUCGCGCGAGAUCGAGGGAUUUGCCCUCAACCGCAUCCAAUAUGCCAUCCUCAACGAGACGUGGCGCCUUGUCGAGGCCGGCAUCCUGAACGUUAAGGACAUCGAUAGCGUGAUGAGCAACGGACUGGGACCCCGCUACGCCUUCCUGGGCCCGCUGGAGACGGCCCAUCUGAACGCCGAGGGCAUGGCCAACUACUUCGAGCGGUACUCGAAGACCAUCUACGCGGUCAGCGAGACGAUGGGACCAACCCCGAAAAUGGAGGGUCCCGUCGCCGUCGAGGUGGCCAAGCAGCUGGGCGAGAUGGUGCCGCUGGAUCAGCUGGCCGCCCGCCGCAACUACCGCGACAACUGCCUCACCCAGUUAAGCAUUCUCAAGAGCAAGCUCAACAAGUAGCUCAUUAUAUUCGCCUUUUUUUUUUAAUAUGCCACAUAUGUUAAAUAUACGGAUAUUGUUGAACUGAUAA